AUGUUCUCGCCGACAUCCGACGAAGUGGCAUCGUCACUGGCCCUUGCCAACGAAGUCGAUCCCGAGCCAGGCUGCUGCUGCUGCUCCUCCGGCUCUGAGACCAUUGUGAAGCCCUCCGACUCCGCCGUCUCGGACUCGGACGGCUUUGCAGCCGCAGCUGCGGCGGUGUCCGUGGACGCGGCCGCCUUCGCUCGGAGCUUCAACGAACCCAUGUCCGAGCUGCUUGACAUAAAUGCUAACCCAGUGGUCUGGCUCCUGAUUCAGGAGCCUGAAACCUGGGAGCCUGAAAGAGCCUGGGAGCCACCGUGA